UCAUGCACUGCCGCCAGAGAAUUGAUACCAUGAUGCGAGGCAGCAAGUAUUAGACUACUGUGGGCGUUACAGUCGAGUUUUCGCUGUUCGCUCGACACCUGCACUGAUCUGAUAUCGAUACCCGGUCUAAACAUAGGAUAUCAUAGUCACAGUCCAGACGUGCAAUGGCAGCGCAGCUGCUGCGACAGGGUGGUCUCUCGAUUGCCGGGAAAACGGACGCGCGAGCUUGCGGUCACCGCAUAAGGGCAGGAGCACCGGCAAGGCGUUUUGGGACAUCACAUGAGGUGGAGGUGGUAUCCAGCUGGGCCAGGCGACCGACGCAGCAACAUGCUUCAUCAAUCAAACACGAAGAGGGCAGCGGAGCUUCAAGCGCCCUGAGCGCUGUGUAUGCGUUCAGCAGGCCCCACACAAUGAUAGGCACAACACUGAGCGUUGUCAGCAUAUCGCUGCUUGCUCUCGGAGGAGCGCAGCCUGGGGGCGCCGCAGCCGUGGCGUUAGUGCAGGCGCUGGCAUCGGCCCUCCUUAUGAACAUCGCCAUUGUGGGCAUCAACCAGCUGUACGACAUCGAAAUUGAUAAGGUCAACAAGCCCUAUCUGCCGCUGGCGUCCGGAGCGCUGACGCCCGGGCAGGGGUUUGGCAUUGUCGUAGCAUCUGCGCUGGGCGGGACGGCGAUUGGCCUGGCCUCGGGCUCUGCGCCGCUGCUGGCCACGCUGCUGGUCAGCCUGGCGCUGGGGGUACUGUACAGCGCCGACCUGCCCUUCAUGCGCUGGAAGCGCUCUCCACUGCUGGCGGCGGGCUGCAUUUUGGCGGUUCGCGCCGUCAUCGUGCAGCUCGGCUUUUAUACACACAUGCUUCAGGCGGUUGGGGCUGCUGCCAGUGCGCCUAGCGCUGCCUCAGCGUCUGCAUCAGGCUCAGCAAGCCUCGCGGCAGCGGUAGCGGCCACGACAGCUUCGGCCGCUGCUGCGUCAGGGUGGCAGGGCGUGUUGGCUGCCCUGACACCAUCAGUCAUGUUUGUGAUCGGCUUCAUGCUUUUCUUCUCCAUUGUCAUUGCUCUGUUCAAGGACAUUCCUGAUGUGGUGGGCGAUCGCCAGGCUGGGGUGCGCACGCUGAGCGUGCGGCUGGGUGAGGGCAGUGUGUUCCGCAUCUGUGUGGCGCUGCUGGCGGCGGCGUACGUGUGGGCCAUGGGCGCGUCGCUGGUGCUGCCAGACGGUGCGCUGGCCAAGGCCGUACUGUUCUCGGGUCAUGCGGUGCUGUGCGGUCUCCUACUCAACCGGGCUCGCGGUGUGGACACCCGCGAGAAGUCCCAGCUGGUGGACUACUACAUGUUCGUGUGGAAGCUGUUUUACGCCGAGUACCUGCUCAUCCCGCUAUUCGGGUGAUGCAAGCAGCGGGAUCCUUGGGUGUUGGAGAUGGAGGUGGUGAGCAGCAUGCGGCGGCCGAGGCAGGGGCAACCGGCGGCGCUAAAGCUUAGGGAAGGGGCGCAGGGCUGGCUGUCAUGGGAGCGCGAGACUCUCAGUGAAAGGGCUGGGUAUAGCUGGCUUAGUAUACCCGUAUUUUGGAGGACCGUGGCAUGGUUUAGACGUGGGCUGGUGACCGACGCGCACUCCGUCCAUUGUCCAGCAUAAUGAUUGCAAUACGUGUGUGUGGGGGGAGGGGGUGAUGGGGGGGGUUGAAACCGUAUGAAAACCGCUUGCUCGCGGUGGGGUCCAUUCAUUAGACAAGUUGAGUCCUGCGUAACAACCUUGUUACCGGGCAUCGGUUCCAGCGGGCUAAAACGGGAGUAGGUACACUAAGCGAUGAAGGCUACGCGCUCCCGCCGUCUCCCGCACAGCGUGCGGGCUAGGAGGCAGUGAGCGUUGCAGUUACAAAGGCAAAUGACUGCAAAUGCUUGCCAGGGCCCCGCCAGUGCGGCAUGAUAGGCCGAGAUAUGGAAUGCAGUUUUGCAAUGUUACAACAUGGAUUCGUAAUGAGGAGGGCACACCGCACAUGCAUGCUGCAAGAUUUCCAUCAGUGUUGAUUCGGCUUGUUGCAGCUGCGUUUGGCUGAAGAGCUGUUAGUUUGCAGCUGUACGGGAUACGGCAUGUUGGCAGGGCACCCAAUUCGAGGCCCGCACCCAAAGGCCGCUGAGAGCCGAAGGCUCGAGGGUGUAAGGCAAUCUGCGG